AUGAGCUCUGUGGACAGAAUCCUAGCAUCACACCGCCUGCCAGAAGUCUCCAGCUCCAAACUCGGUCGCUCCCCAGAUUCAUGCCUGUUCCUUAUCCACGCUUCCAUCGGGACAGAAAUAUUUAUUCAUUAUGACAGCCUUUUUCCAGUUGAAGCAGAAUGCCAGCUAACCCAAACACUGUUUGUGGAAAAAGUGCUGAGGAGGCUUUUCCCUAGUGUUCCCUGUGGCCAAGAAAAGAGUGCACCCGUGACUCCAGCUUCUGACAAACCAGCCGGGAGAGAGACCGCUGAGGAGGUCCCCACUCUGACAGCUGAGGACACCAAGGCCCCACCUCGAAGGCGGUUCUACACGGCGAGUUUGCCUCCUGAGGGGUACGUCCCCGCUCUGCCAGAGCCGCAGGGCAGCCCGGCCUCCGAGGACACCUCCGGCAGCGAUGAUGCAGGAGGAGGGCGCCAGCUCUCAGAUGAGGAUCUUCAUGAUCAACCAAAGAGAAGAAGAGCAAGAAAGCAUAAAUCCAAGAAAAGUUUUAAAAAUCCCAAUAACGAUCAUGCAGAACAAGCAGAAUUAAAGAAACAGCAGAGUCUUUCACAAGAAAAACUGCAGCUACGGCCCACAGAUGGCUCCACAAUCAGUAAAAAUAAAAAGAGGAAACUGAAGAAGAAGCAGCAGAUGAAGAGGAAGAAAGCUGCCGGCUUACUGACCACAGCCUCUGGCCGCAACUUCAUGUACCAGCCCGAGGAGGGCGACAGCGAGCAAGAAGCCCUGAGAGAGAGUGAUGGGGAGGACACCGCGGACCACGGGGGGGACGCCGCGGACCAUGUGGAGGACGCCGCGGACCAGGGGGAGGACGGUGCAGACGCCAAUGAGGAAGACAUUAAAAGUACCAGUGAAAAGGCAGAUGAUAUCCUAAGCUUUCUGAAGUCAACACAAGAAAUUUAUUUUUAUGAUGGUGCCUCCAAGGAUGCAGACUCUGCUGUGUCUGUGGAAGCCAGUCAGGAGCUGUUCCAGCACCUCGAGGCUCACAGCAUGUCCCCCUCCGAUGUGCGCCUUGUGCAUCACAUGAAAACGCUGUUACUUGUGCGAGACACCGAGAGCCUGCAGCACGCCCUGGAGAGGCUCCCAGCAUGUUGCACCAUGCCGCCCGACCACGCCAGAGUGCUCUCAGCUUUCUUUAACUACUGGAUCACACACAUCCUUCCGGAGAAACACAGUGAAUAAAUAGGCGCAUCUGAGAAGAGCCAACAUUUAGCAAGAAAAUAUAAAAAGGCAAACAUGCGAUCGGCAGAGACGUGAUUUGUACAAAGAAGAUAGAAUUGCCUAAAGUUUCUUUGUAACCUGAAUCCCAGGAACUUUGAAAAUAUCUCUGCCGUGUUAUUUAUUUGUGUGUUGUACACAAUGAGCAACAUGCAGUCUGCAACUUUGAGAAACUGGGAUAAAAUGGAACAUUUUCAAUUAUCGGAAAUUGCUUAUGUCUCAGAUUACUACACCGUGAUCCUGUUUUUCUGAUUCUUGUAAAAAUUGAAAAUGGACAUUCUGUUAAAUUUAAUAAACUGUAUAGUUUGAAGUUGUUAUAUAUUUUUGUAAAGUAAUAUAACCUUGUAUUUGAAAGUCUCUGUUUUAAGAACACUUUAUGGACAUUAAAUGUUCUGGUUUAGGUCAUUUGAUUCUAGUUGAAUUUAUUAUUUUCUUCCUUGUUUCCUCUUCUCUGCUUUGAGAAUAUCAAGAACAUCAUUUUCCUGGUUUGAUAUUCUCUUUCUUCAUGGUGAUAGUCACCUGUUCUCAGGAUUACUGGGUUUUAGAAACACCUGUCAGCUGACUCACACUUUAGGAGGUCAUUGACUCUGUCCAUGAAAAUAUAUUUUUUUAUUGUGGUAAAAUAUGCAUAACAUAAAAUUCAUCAUUUUAGCCAUUUUUAAGUGUACGAUUCAGUGGCAUUAAGUUAUUCGCAGCGUCGGGCACCCAUACCACUCUUCAGGCUAAACAGCAUUCCGCUAUAUGGAUAAGCCACGUUUUGUUUGCCCGCCAUCUGUUGAUGAACAUCUGGGCUAUUGUGAAUAGUGCUGCCCUGGACACCGUGCACGGAAUCCUGCGUGGACACCUGUGUUCCUGCCUCUUGGGGGGUAGGAUUGCCAGGUCCGACAGUAACUCUGAGUGUGACUUCUCGAGGAAAUGCUGGUCUGCUGUCCAUGGGGGCCGCACCACCCUGCAUCCCACCAGCCCUGCACAGAGGAGCCACGGCCCCCACAUCCACCCUGAAGCUGUUAUCUUCUGUGGUAGGCAUCCUGAUGGCGGCAAAUGUCUCGUGUGCUUUCAGUUUACAUUUCCCUGGUGUUGAAUGCUUUUGAGCAUCUUUUCACCUGCUCGUGGGCCAUUCUCUUUUUCAGGGAAAUGCCUGUUGAAGUCAUUGUCCAUUAGGGAAUUGGAUUAUCUGGUUUUGUCAUUGGAUUAUAAGAGUUCUUUAUAUAUUCUGGAUAUUAAUCCCUUAUCAGAGAAGUGAUUUUACAGUGUUUUCUCCCAUUUUGUGGCCUGCCUGCCUUGUCUCUAUCUCACUACUGUUCUUUGAUGCACAAAUGGUUUACAUUUUGAUGGAGUCCAACUUAUUUAUGUUUUCCUUUGUUGCUGAUGCAUUUGGUGUCAUAUCCAGGAAAUAAUUGCCAAACCAGUAUCAUAAGAUUUUUCCCUAAUGUUUUCUCCCGAGAAUUUCAUAGUUCUUUAUAACUCUUACAUUUAGGUCUUUGAUCCACUUUGAGUUAAUUUUUAUAUACGGUAUAAGGUAAGAUUCUAAUUUCAUUGUCUGUGUGUGGAUAUUCAGUUAUCCCAGGAUCGUAUGUUGAAAAGACUGUCCUUUCCCCAUUGACUGAUCUUGGCACCCUUGUUGAGAAUCAUCUGACCGCAUAUGUGAGGAUUUAUUUCGGGGCUCUCUGUUCUAUUCCAUUCGUCUGUAUGUCUGUCCUUAUGCCAGGCCCACACUAUUUUCAUUACUGUAGCUUCAUAGAAGGUAUGAGAUCAGGAAGUGUAAAUCCUCCAGCUUUGUUCUUUUUCAAGAUUGUUUUGGCUAUUUGGGGCCCCUUGAGAUUCCAUGUGAAUUUUAGGCUAGAGUUUUCUAUCUCUGGAAAAAACACCUUUGAUAAUCAUAGGGAUUGCAUUGAACCUGGAGAUCACUUUGGGUGGUGUGGUCAUCUCAACACUAUUAUUAAGUCUUCCACUCCAUGAACAUGGGAUGUCUUUCCAUGUAUUUAUGACUCUUCCUAAAUUCCCUUUACCAGUGUUUUGUAGAAUUCAGUGUACUAGCCUUUCUCUCCAUCAUUAAGCUUAGUCCUAAGUAUUUUAUUCUUUCUGAUGUGAUUGUAA